CAGCAGCGCGGGUCGAGUCUGACGACAGCAGAGUUUCGCCUUUCACUCCAGGAAAAAAAAGUUGCAGAUCUUCCAGAAGAACCUUCGAGCUUAAACGACAUCGAGACUUCGAGUCCAUCACAGCCAAACCGAGCGUUACCAAAGCAGGAGCUUGUUUUAUUUCAUUCAAAAGUCCCAUCAUUUAUGGAUCUGCGGUGACCCGAUGCGCGCACCAAACAUCCAGAGCUAAAACCAGUGAUGGCAUCUUACCAUAGCUUGGACGAUGACGCAAUGGCUUUGAUGGUCCACGACACGAACGCGGUGAAGAAAGAAGAAGAGUUCGCGAAGGACGCGCCGCUCCAAGAGCCGAGUUCUGAGAAGGUGGAAGCGUCUCAGAAGCCGCCUUACUCCUACGUGGCUCUGAUCGCCAUGGCCAUCCGGGAAAGCGCGGAAAAGAGACUGACCCUCUCCGGUAUCUACCAGUACAUCAUCACCAAGUUCCCCUUCUACGAGAAGAACAAGAAGGGAUGGCAAAACAGCAUCCGACACAACUUGAGUCUCAACGAAUGCUUCAUUAAAGUUCCGCGUGAAGGCGGAGGGGAGCGCAAGGGCAACUACUGGACUCUGGAUCCGGCUUGCGAGGAUAUGUUCGAGAAGGGCAACUACCGGCGACGGAGGCGCAUGAAGCGCCCUUUCAGGCCGCCAGCGGCUCACUUCCAGCCGGGUAAGGCUCUCUUCGGCGGGGAGGGAUACGGUAGUUUCCUCCCCGCGCCCAAGUAUCUCCAAUCCGGCUUCAUGAACAACAGCUGGCCGCUUGCGCAACCGGCCCCGCCGAUGAGUUACGCGUCUUGCCAGAUGGCCAACGGCAAUAUGGGUGCCAUGAAAGGACUGUCAGGUCCGUCUUACAACCCCUACAGUCGAAUGCAAGCCAUGGGGCUGCCAAACAUGAUGAACUCGUACAGCGGGAUGGGGCAUCACCAGCACCAGGCGCCGCCGGCGGCGCAGCAGCCCUCGCCGGUUGCGUCCAACUCCGCGGCCGCUCUGCAGUUCACCUGCUCCCGCCAGCCGCCAGACCUCUACUCGUACUGGGACCACGAGGUCAAAAACUCGUCGUUGCACUCUCGGAUUGACAUUUGAACCGUGAGAAUGUGCGAAGGGGACUUGGAACUGGGUCUGUUUUACGCAUCCAGCAAGGUAAACAGGGUAACUUUUUGUUGCUGAAGAACAAACACAGAUCUGAACUCACAUCUCAGUUCCUAUAGAUGUUCUGGACUGCAUGGAUAAAGGUUUUUUUUUUUUUAAAUUCUAAAUCAGUAGCUUUUGAUAUGAUCGCUUCAGGAUAAACACGUUUUACGACAAAAAUGCCUUCAGUUUCCUGAUCGAAAAUUCAUUUGAGGACAGAAUAGAACGAAAAGCAUUGGCGAGAUUGUUUGGGACCAUUGUGAUUUUUACAUUUUGGAUUGUCAAACCAGCACUUAUUAAUUUCUAUUUGCUUUCAAUAAACUGUUUUGAUUAAAAUGUCUUCGACACUCGAUGGUCACUGAAGAAAAAAAAAAAAAAAAGUGGAACGCGCACUCUUAAAAAUAAAGGGUGUUUAUGGGCAUUUAACAUCCAUGCAAUCUUUCUAUUGCACUAAAGGUUCCUUAUAUUGAGAAAAAAAGAAAAAAAAAGGUUCUUUAGGUUAUAAAAAUGUUCUUAACACUAAGAAAAAAAGGUUCUUUGAGCAACCAAAAAUGGUUCUUCUAUGGAGUCACUACAAAAGAAAAACAGCCCUUUGUUUUAAAGAGUGUAUUCAGCCAAAAACUUUAUUUAAUUUUUUUUAUUCUAGAACGACUUUUUCGUGUCAUUUUGAUAUGGAGAGAUCAGAAACACAGAUUUCCAGUUUGUUAGGUAUUAAUUUUUCAUAAAGAUCUUUUCAAAUCAAGGUACUCAUUGAGAAAGAAACUAGAUGUGAGAAGGUUCAGUCUGUGCUGUUAACCUAAAAUACACACUUUUUACAAAUAAAGAGAUAAAAUGACCUCAAAACGCGCUUUAAAAUAAUAAGAAAAACACUUGAUUAGAAUGAUUGAUAUUCCUGCUUCUGAUUAUGAUAAUUAAUCAGUGUAGAUGUAAUAAGGCCCGUUAGCUGAUGACAAUCUUCAGUUCUGUUUUAUUUCGCUCCGUGUGAACAAACAGACGUAAAUAAACUUCAUUCAUUUAAUGCUUCAGUGUUUAUGGUGUUCUGUCACGAGCUCUGGAAUAAAUGUUUACAGGAAAAAUGUAUCUUAUAGUUCUAGUUCAAAACAAUGAUUUUGAUUUAAACAAACUAUUAGCCUACUUAAAAAGAAGAAGAAUUGGUCAAUGCAUUUUAAUCUCUCUUUUUUUUUCGUUUCAGCAGAUACACACCAAAAAAAUAACAUUUCUCGUGAAAGCUUUUAUAUUUUGUAGACAAUUAAAUCUUUAUUAUCUAAACCAAACACAUGAAAAGAAAACUAGAUCAUUUUUCUUCUUUCUUUCAAUGACUUAUUUGUAGCAUGACCGUGCAUUUAAUUUCAGGUUCUGGCUUUUCAUAAAAAUAUUAACAAUAACUCAUAAAUGCAUUUCAUGUUCGUCUCAUGCGAAUCGAGUGUAAAAGUGAAAAUUAAAUCGUGUAGGCCUACAACUACCGAAAUUGUCUUUUUAGAGCAUAUGUGAGAAUAAUAGGCCAACAUUACCGAUAUGAAUAACAGUAUAUGGAUUUUAGAAAAUAAUAUGGAUUAAAAGUGAUUGCAGUAAUAACAGCAGCGAUUGAUGCCGACAGAAGAAAAUAGCAUUAUUUGUGCAUGAAUUCUGUAGUAAUGUUGGCAGUGAGUGUUUCAUUCCUUCAUACUGUGAUCAAGGCAUGCUUCAGUGAAAGUUCACGAGAAAUCGCGCUCCAUACUUUCACAUCAGAUAAAAACAAUAAUAAUAAAAAUCUGAAACCCAAACACACUGCACUUCACCGGCUGGAAAUCAACGACACAUUAAAAAAAAAAAUGGUUUAUUGAUAUUGUUUGUUUGCCUUUGUUACAUUAACUAAUCAUGCAAAUGUGCAUCUCCUCAGAUUUACUGCCUUAUUGUUAAAUGCAGCCAGACGAUAUGUUGUUAUGCGUUAUAAUAACAAUAUAACCCUAAAGCGUGAUUCUGUUUUUGAUCUUUGCGAGUGAACAGAAAGCAACAAAAUACUGACAUAAAUCACUCAUGCAUUAAAAUGCAUAAUUGAUAAACAGCCUGAUGUUAAAGGUCAUAAACAUCAUUCUUGCAUUUGAAAAGCUUGCAGUUAAAAAAAAAAAAGUUUAUUUACAUUCUCUGGUUACACUUUAAAAGGCGUCCUUGUUACAGUGUAAUUAUACAUUAAAGUGCUGAGUUAUAUUAACUAGCCCACAUGAGGAUUAGGGUUUGGUUUUGGGUUACUGGCAUGUAAUUAUCCAUAAUAGUUAUUAUAAUAACCUUAAAAUAAAGUGUUACCCAUUCUCUUUUAAAACAUCAGUCAUUAUUUAUGUUUUAUUAAAUCCUUUCUGCAUUUUAAAAUGCGCGUCACUGCAGCUGAUGUUUGUAUUUCACAUUGAAUUAUAAGAAAAGAAGAGCUGAUCAAUAUUUAUCUCCUUGUAAACAGAGUCUGACAGAAGCUUUGCUUUCAGAAUCCGGCAAUUGUGCAAAAACUGUAAAGACGAAUACAAAACCGGCUCAAAUAAUCAUUUACAGAGCUGUGAAGGUCACGUGACCGACCGUGAGCACGUGAUGGAAAUGACUCCACCUGCCAGGAAUAAUUAAAAAGCGUAUGGAUUCAAUGUAAGGUGUUUUAGUGAACUGAGAUAAUGAAUUUAGAAAGUGAAAUAAACACAAGCGUCUGAUGAUCUGAUCACUAGAUGGCGCUAUACGCACAUCACCAGCUAUAGAUGGACAGAUUUCUGAAUAAUUCCACACUAUAUUUUAAUAUUUUGGUUUAUUUUAGUUAGUCAGAGAAGGUGAUUUAGUACAAUGCUCUAUUUACUGGUUAAAUGCUUGAAAUUAGUUUUAAUUGUGUCUGUGAAUGAAUCUCUUCUCAAAAAUAUACACGUUUUGAUUUUUCUAUUUAAUGUGUGUAGAGUGAAAACAUUGCAAUGAUAAAGAAUAAUGUGAUCUCAUAAAAGCCUAUGAAAUAAAAUGUGCUAAUUGCUUUUUAAAAUAUAAAUAAAAUAUAAAAGCACAUUUUGCUAUACUUCCACUUUCCAGAAGUAUUUCAUGUGAACUAGUUAUACACAAAAUUAUCAAUUUUCUUGAUAAUUUUUUGACCAUGGCAUAAGCAAUAUUAAUGAUUUCAAUGCUUGCUUUUAAGAAUUUUUGUUUAUUUUCCUAACACUAAGGCAAAUGAUAAUUCUGCUGUUUUUAUGCAUUUUGAUUUUUUUAUGCAUUUGUGUGUUUUUAUGCAAAUAAUAUGAGCUUAUAAAUCCUUUUAAAAUAACAUUUAAAAGCACAUUAUUUCAACUUCGCAAAUAUUGAAUGUGAACAGCUAUACACAAAAUUGUCAAUUUUUCUGUUCAGCUAUGCUGUGUUAGUAAUUUUGCGUAUUAUUGGGCUGAUGCUGUUCAUGAAAUAUGAUAAAGAAUAAGAUUCAUCCAAUGUAUUUUGCUUGUUGAUUACAUAUUAUUUUCAAAACAUCCAAAGAAUUUAAUUUUCACGAGUAGUGGCAUGUCAAGUAAAAUUCUGAUGGUUUAUACAUAAAUUAUAUGUUUAUUUAAGAGAAUUUCAAGCCAUUUGAAUCUGUGUGUGUGUGUGUGUGUGUGUGUGUGUGAGAGAGAGAGAGA